AUCACUUCCACCAACGCUUCGCCUUAACUCUUGCACAUUCCCUCACCUUUUUAGCUGUGAAACGUCAUCAUAAUGGACGUCUCAGCUAUUUUAGCAGCCCACGAGGCCAAAAAGCAAGCCGUUACAGUUGAGAAGGAAAUUCCUCUUGAACUUGAUACUGGACUUCUGGCUGUAACCGACCUGAACCCCAUAGACUGUGAAAGCUACAAUGAAAAUCUAGAAGAUUAUCUCACAUCGACUGCCCGUGACGGCGUGCAAGCUCUUAUUGCAGCCCUUUUCUCAUUACCUACGAGCUCAUCAGCGGACGGUCCCCUUGCUCAGCUCCCACCACCUGCAACACAACUACCUCGUGCGAAGCCCCUACCAAAGCCCAAGCCUUUGACGAAGUGGGAGAAGUUUGCGAGAGCGAAGGGUAUACAGAAGAAGAGAAAAGAUAAGAAGGUCUGGGAUGAAGAGAAGCAGGAAUGGGUUAAUAAGUGGGGAUGGAAAGGUGCGAAUAAGGAUAAAGAGGUGCAAUGGUUGACGGAAGUGCCUGCCAAUGCUGAUGUGGACUUCAAUCCAAGUCAAGCAGCGCGCGCUGAACGGAAGGAAAAAAUGGCAAAGAACGAGCGGAAGCAUCUGCAAAAUCUUGCGCGAGCUCAAGCGGCGCAGGGUACUCCAAACGAAAGUGGAAAAGUCCCUCAGUCUCAGCGGAAACAACUGAUUGAUUACACGUUGGCAACUACAAGAGUCAGUACGGCUAGUAUGGGCAAAUUCGACCGGACGCUAGAAGGGGAGAAAAAGCUGAAAGGCGUCAAGCGGAAAUUUGAUGCUGCAGAGGUGUCCGCGGAGAAGGAGAAGUCAAGUAAUCUCACCAUCCUCUCAAAACUGGACCGCGAACCCGCAGCCAAGAAAUCCAAAAACUCAUCUGGUGAUAGUGUUCUUAAUGUUCGCAAAGCUGUGAGAGCAGUUAGUGGGGGACGAGGUAGCGCGACAUUGGCACGAAAGGCGGGCGGGAAGGGCAACAAGGGCAAGCGAUGAUACUUCUUUGUCAUUCCCCCUUCUUGUAGUCUUUUUGUCUUGAUAUCUUCUAGUGCACUACUUUUGGACGUUGCGAGUUUUUUAAUGCCGUCCAGAAUAUAUAAAUUUAGAUUCAAAGC